AUGUUUUAUAAUGCCCUGAUCCGGACUCACCAUAUCACCUCGCGCAAGAAAGUGGCUGCCCUUAAACGUGCAGCCGAUACCCACAAAUGUUUUGUCCUCCUACGCUCCGGUGGCUGCCCCGGCAUAAUGUACGUGGAAAGCGAUCAGAUGUUACAGGUCGAGUCCUGGGUGGGCAUCGUGCGAAAGCUCCGCUAUAAGGACUUUCAGCUGGUCACUCGACCCGGACAAUUGAUGCCUGAGCUGGAUCGAAUUUCGGACUAUCAAAGCGGUCUGUCCGAGGUGGAGAGUGUCAAGGAGUUUGGCGGUUGCAUGGCUCAGCGGGGCGUUUGGAACUGGUGGCGGAAAGGUAUGGGUUAUACUUGA